AUGGACGGUCCUGAUCUGGUACGUGCACGUGCGCAACACCGGAAGUUCGCUACAUCUUUUGCUACUGGAUCUGACCACUUGACUAUAUGGCGUGUGUACAAAGAAUGGAGCGCCUUGAUAAAGGGUUCAAACAAGACUACAAAGGGGUCUAAUAUUGGGACUCGAGGAGGUGGGGGGGGUAUUGCGUUGGCUAGCGAGUUCUGCAAAGAUAAUCUUUUGGACCAGCAAGCGUUAAAGGCUAUCGACAGCCUACGAACAGACUUGUGGAGCAAUAUCAAACAAACCGGGGUGUUGGCUUACCUCGAUCGCCUGUACGG